UGAUGUCAUCACACCGCGACGUAGUAUCGUCAACAUGUGUUUGGAAGGCAGCGUGUUUUAGCAUUGCUGAGGUCUCUUGUCUUAAAUCAGUUGGGAAUUGAAGCAAGAUAUUAAAAAAUGUAAAGUAUGAUCAACUUGAAGAGUGACAUUUCCGUCAACAGACAUCCUUUAAGGUGACACGAGGUUCUCUGGCAAGAUAAAUUGGGAGAUGGCGCUGUUUCUCAUAAACAGGUACCUAGGGGAGGAGGAGGAGUGUCGGGAUGAUGACAGCCAGUCCAGGUCUAAAGCGCUUCUGGCGAAGUUGCAAGAGCAGGCCAGAGCAAGGCAGCAACAGAAAACGCCGAAGGGGAAAGAGACGGAGCAGCCUGGUCUUCCAGUCCAGAUCGACACCCCCCGGGGCAAGCAGAAAAAGACUGGUGGGGAACAGGAGUCUACAGAUGUAGUAUGUAAAAAGAACAAGAAAAAUGUAAGUAAAGCUCCAUCUUCUCAAAGUGACUCGGAGGACGGCCAGAGAACAGGAGCAAGACCGACACCGGAGCUUUCAAACUACUGUUCUGAUGCAGAUGCUGACACGAUCCCUCAAAUUUUGCCUGGGAAAAAAAGGAAGAGGAAAAAUACAAUGCCAGAUGGUCCAGGAAUUGAGGGGAAAGCAGAGGCCAAUGAUUCAGAUGGCAACAGCGAAAAACCAUUGAAAUCCAAAAAGAGGAAGAAGGCACCAGAGGGGAAAGGAAAACCAGAGGAAGAGAGGCCUGCUGAAGAUGGAAGGGGCAAAGACCCAGGAAGUGAAGAGGGGAGGGAUAGUGAAGAGACCGUGGGAGAAAUGAAGGAGGAGAUAAGCGAGCAGAGAGAGACCCCUGUCCAAAGUAAAGAUCAGAAUCAGUCCCAGUCUUGCUUCACAGUUUUGGGAGGUUUUGAGAAAAAAGCAGUGCAGAAGGUCUACAGGGUUCUGCCUCAUUGGCUGGCUCAGCCUAACCUGAUCCACAGAGACAUCAAGAGCAACUUGGUACCAGUUGUCGAUGUCCCAGGACUCUGCCCCAGACUUCUAAAGAAGCUGGAGAGCUGUGGAAUCCAGCACUUCUUUCCAGUGCAAGCCGAAGUGAUCCCUGCCAUUCUGGAGAGUGCACCCCAUGGCAUGCUGGUUGGCAGAGGGGGCUAUAGGCCCCGGGACAUCUGUGUAUCCGCGCCAACGGGCAGCGGCAAGACGUUGGCAUUUGUCAUCCCAGUGGUUCAGAUGUUGAUGAAGAGGGUGGUCUGUGAGGUUCGGGCUCUGGCAGUCCUGCCCACCAAGGAGUUGGCACAGCAGGUGCGCAAGGUUUUCUGCAUGUAUGCUGAAGGCACGGGCUUGAGAGUGGUCAUGAUGGCUGGGCAGAAAUCUUUCGCCCUGGAGCAGGCCUCCCUUUUGGAGAACAAUGGUACAGGAAGCAGGAGCCUGGCUGACAUUGUAGUGGCGACCCCUGGGAGACUGGUUGAUCACAUCAAUAAAACACCCGGUUUCACUCUGCAACACCUCCGCUUCCUGAUUAUUGAUGAGGCAGAUCGGAUGAUUGACAGCAUGCACCAGGCUUGGCUGAGUCAUGUGGUGAAGGCAGCUUACAAAGGGGGGCGGAGCUCGGAGCUGGGCUCACUCUUCAGGAGGGCGGAGCCUGGGCCAAUCACAGCAGAAUACUUUGUGCCCUGCACUCUCAACAGCAAGCCUCUGAUCAUUCUGGAUUUUAUUCUGCGGCUGAAGUUCAGCCCAGUCCUGUGCUUCACAAACUCCAGAGAGGCGUCUCACAGGCUUUAUCUGCUGGUUCGCUUGUUUGGUGGUGUGCAGGUAGCCGAGUUCUCCUCACGCCUGAGCCCCAACGAAAGGAAGAAGACCCUAAAAGAGUUUGAGCAGGAGAAAAUCCAGCUGUUAAUCAGCACUGACGCCACUGCCCGAGGAAUCGAUGUCUCUGGAGUAAAGUGCGUCAUUAACUACGAUGCCCCUCAGUUUAUCAGAACCUAUGUGCACAGGGUGGGGCGGACAGCCCGGGCAGGGAAGGCUGGACUGGCUUUUACAUUCCUGCUGGGAGUUCAGGAGAAAAGAUUCCUCCAGAUGCUGAAGGAUGCAGGCAGCCCUGGGAUCCAGAAACAGAUCAUCAAACCCGAAGCCCUGAAGGCACUAGUUCCUCGCUAUGAGCAGACGCUGCUGGAGUUAGAGACCGCCAUUCAGGAAGAGCGAGCCACAAAGCACAUAUGAGGCUCUGCUGGGCUGAAGGCGGUUUUCUAAGUGACCUGAAAGAAGAAGAACUUGAUUUCUAUCUGCUCUCAGUGCCGUGAUUUAUUUUAUGCUUAUGGACAAAGUUUUUAUACGAAAAAAAUUGAAAGCUGUUACAGGUAAAUGUCAUCGAAUGAAGUUAACCAUCAACAGAUAAAGUCCUGGAUAUAAUUUAUUACUUGUUAUUCAAUUAUUGUUGCCAUCAGAUUUUGUGUUAAAUUAGGAAAUUUGUCAAGUUCAAUAUUACAUUUUUGUGAUUGCUUUCAAAUGAAACCUGUACUUAUCUGGAGCAUAUGUUUUGGAGUGCUCAUAAAAAUAUUUUUUUUCGCUCACUA